AUGCCCUCAUCAUUUUCUAAGUCCCAUGGUACUUAUGCUGCAUUAGCUGCUGGAGCUGUUGUAGUUACAUAUGCUGGUACACAUGCAUAUAAAUCACGUAUUCAACGAAAACAUGAUGAUGGAAUUGAUCUUAAAAAUCAAACAGUUGAAAUCGAUCCUGUAGAACAUAUUCGUCGUUGUACUUUUUAUAAAGAUAUUGAUAUUUUUUCAUUUUAUAAAACAGUUCUACCUAAUGUACAAACAUUAGGUGAUGCUUUCUAUAAUGGUUAUUCGGUGUCUAAAAAUGGACCAUGUAUAGCUUAUAUUGAUCCGGUAAAUAUGACAAAAGAAUUUCAAUGGAUAUCUUAUUCAAUGGCAUUAGAACGUAUACGUCUAAUUGGUUCACAUUUAUGGACAGAAGCUAAAUUAACUCCAAUGAAAUCUAUAGUUACUAUUAUUUCAUCAAAUCGACCUGAAUAUUCAUUUGUUGAACAUGCUUGUUAUAUGUAUGGUUUCACUGUCCUUGCUCUAUAUACAACUUAUAAUUCAUCAACUAUUUUAUCGAUAUUAGAAAAAACACAAACAGAAGUAUUGGUUGUCGAUAAUUUAAAUCGUAUUGAAUCAUAUAAAAAUGAAUUAUUAGAAAAAAAUUAUCUAAAAGAAAUUCUUAUUAUGGAUAAUGUAACAAGUAAUGAAGAUACAAAAAUAAAAAAUAUUCCAACCAUUUUAGAAUCUAUGCAACAGUCAGAUGUUCGUUCACGACCUAAAGUUGAUCCAGAGAGUAUAGCUGCUUUUAUUUUAACAAGUGGAACAACAGGUGAACCUAAACUUGCAAUGUUAUCACAUACAAACUUUUUGGCAACAAUAAAAGGUAAUAUUGAUCGUCGACGACGUGCCAAUAUAGAUGGUGAACCUAGUCAUAGACAUUGUUCAUUUUUACCGAUGGCACAUUUAUAUGAACGUUCAGUACUUAUCAGUUAUUUUCUUCAUGGUUCACAAGUUGUUUUUUGUCCAAUACCAGAAAAACUUUUUGAAUACUAUCCAAUUGUAAAACCAACAAAUAUUUCUAUGGUACCAAGAAUUUUAAAUAAAGUUUAUGAUACAAUAAUGACUGAAGUAGGUAAAAGUAAAAUAAAACGUUUUCUUAUUUCACAAGCACUACAUAAUGAACAACCAACAUUAUUUUCACGUCUUAUUUUUCGAAAAAUAAAAAAGUUAUUUGGUGGAGAAGUUCAUGCUAUGUUAACUGGUUCAGCACCAAUAACACCUGAAGUAUUACAUUUUUUUCGUAUUGCACUUGAUAUACCUAUUGUCGAAGCCUAUGGUCAAACUGAAUCAACAGCUGCUGGUACAAGUACACAUAUUACUGAUACGUCAUGUGGUACUGUUGGUUCACCUGUUCCUUCAGUUGAAAUCAAGCUUAUUGAUGUACCUAAUACAAAUUAUCGAAGUAAUAAUAAUCAAGGAGAAAUUUGUAUUCGAGGACCAAUUGUUUUUAAAGGUUACUAUGGUGAUGAAGAAAAAACACGUGAAACUAUUGAUAAAGGUGGUUGGCUUCAUACUGGUGAUGUUGGUGAAUGGACAAGUAAUGGUUCUUUACGUAUUAUUGAUCGUGUAAAACAUAUAUUUAAAUUAAGUCAAGGUGAAUAUAUUGCACCUGAACGUCUUGAAGAUGGUUAUAUUCGUUGUCGAUGGGUUGCACAAAUAUUUGUAGAUGGAAUAUCAUCAGAAUCAACUGUUGUAGCAAUUGUUAUACCUGAUGAAGAAUAUGUACGAAGUAAAUUUCGAACGACAAAUCCAAACAUAUCAUUUGAAGAUUUAUGUAAAGAUGAAAAACUUAAAGAAAUUAUUUUAGCUGAUUUAAAACAAUUAGCUAAAGAAUAUAAAUAUCAAUAUUAUGAAACAGUUAGUAAUAUUCAUCUUCAUCCAGAACUAUUCUCACAAGAAAAUGGUCUUAUUACAUCUACAUUUAAAACUCGACGAACAAUAGCUCGACAAUAUUUUCAACAUGUUAUUCAAUCACUUUAUGAAGUUAGUGAUAGAAUAACAAAACCAAUGAAUGUUGAACAACAGUCAAAAUUAUAA